ACCUUAUAAGCUUCCAUACUCGCUUUGUCCGAGUUAGGGUUUUUGGUCAUCGCCUCCUUCGCGUCGUCGGCUUCUAUCACUCUUCACAAACUCUAAUCAUGGCGGAACAGACGGAGAAGGCAUUCUUGAAGCAGCCCAAGGUGUUCCUCUGCUCGAAGAAGUCGGGGAAAGGGAAGAGGCCAGGAAAAGGAGGGAACAGGUUCUGGAAGAGCGUCGGGUUGGGGUUCAAGACUCCCAGAGAGGCUAUUGAUGGGACAUAUAUUGAUAAGAAAUGCCCAUUCACUGGAAAUGUUUCCAUCAGGGGUCGUAUCAUUUCUGGUACUUGUCACAGCGCCAAGAUGGUAAGGACCAUCAUUGUUCGCCGCAAUUACCUUCAUUUUGUUAAGAAAUACCAAAGAUAUGAAAAGAGACAUUCGAACAUACCAGCACACAUAUCCCCAUGCUUCCGUGUGAAAGAGGGAGACUAUGUUAUCAUUGGCCAGUGCAGGCCUUUGUCAAAAACGGUGAGGUUUAACGUUUUGAAGGUGAUUCCAGCUGGGUCUUCUGGCGGUGGUAAGAAGGCAUUUACUGGAAUAUGAGUUUCAGUGUUAAGUUUUCUACAUUUGAACGAGAACGAGUUAGAUUGAGCUACUCCUUCCAGACGAGACUUUUUUGUCCUUUUUAUUUUUCCUUAAAAUAUUAAAUCUUUGUAUGACCUGUUUAUGUUCAUUUUCAACUGGAGUUCGUGAAUUUUGCUAGGCCAAUCCUUUCUUUAUGGGUUCCUUUUGAAAUUGUUUCUAUGAUGUGGUUAUGUUUGCCCAAGAACCGUGUGAGUGAAUGUAAUUUGGUUAAUUAGUUUUCA